AUGGGUUCCGAUAAAGAUGUUAAUUUAGUUUUGAUUUGGCUUGGUAUGAUAGCGGCACGAUAUCAUGUUUCCCGUAUUGUUGAUAAAAGAGCAAAAGGAAUAUUAAAUUCUUCAUAUGAUCAACCCAAGAAGAAGGGUGACCCUGCUAGUCUUUUUUCAUGUGUUACUUGUGGGUGUCUAUGCUUUUCGUGUGUAGCCAUCGUGCAGCCGUCAAAAACCACUGCACAUUAUCUCAUGUCGAAUGAGGAUGUAAAUGUAAUAGAUCAAGGGCUUUCUUCAGGGAAAUUGUUGAAGAGCAGUUCAAGUACUCCAGAACAUAAAGACAUUCCAGCAUUCACUCUUUUGGCUUUGGCUUAUGGUGAUUCUUCUGACUCUGAAGAAGGAUCUGAACCCACCAAGCUUGUUUUGGAAUCUAAACAUUCUUUAAUCGGCUUAAGGCCAAUGGAUUCAUCAGCCUGUGAAAAAGACUCUUCAAGAUUGCGUGUUUUUUGUCUUGAUCAUGCUCAUGAAUUAGAGCAACGGCUCCGCGCAGUUGGUGGAGUUCUUCAGUUCUUUAUUUAUGUAAAAGGGAAAUUGUUGAAGAGCAGUUCAAGUACUCCAGAACAUAAAGACAUUCCAGCAUUCACUCUUUUGGCUUUGGCUUAUGGUGAUUCUUCUGACUCUGAAGAAGGAUCUGAACCCACCAAGCUUGUUUUGGAAUCUAAACAUUCUUUAAUCGGCUUAAGGCCAAUGGAUUCAUCAGCCUGUGAAAAAGACUCUUCAAGAUUGCGUGUUUUUUGUCUUGAUCAUGCUCAUGAAUUAGAGCAACGGCUCCGCGCAGUUGGUGGAGUUCAUAUGUUGCUUCUUUGUCAUCAAGAUUAUCGAGAGAUAAAUGAUGCAGCAAGAAUUAUGGGCAAAGAAUUGGGAACUUCGUAUAAUAUGUUGACUCAUGUUAAAUAUAAAUCAAUUACUGAACAAGAAAAGACGAUGAUACAAUGGGCUUUAGAUGAUGAAGAAACUGCAACUGGUAACCAAGAUUGGGCUGUUAAAAUGGGGAUUGAUAUUUUCUACAGUGCUAAACUUGGUUGUUCUUCAUCCUAUAAAAAACAAAUGCCUUAUAAUGCAGUUAUUUAUAAUGCAUUUAGACAAGAUUAUCCAUCCGAUGACCAAUCAGGGAGGCAGAAAAAGAUUACUGUGGCGGGUAGAUGGUGUGGGAAAGUAUGGAUCUCUAAUCAAGUUCAUCCUUUGUUAUUAGUAAGAGAUGAUGAGCAUGAUGCUGCUGCUGCUGCUGAUGAUGAUGAUGAUCAUAAUGACAACCAACAAGAAGAUCAACAAGCAGCUGUUCAUGUCUUUCCUAAGAUGAAUGUGAAUCAUGAAAACCAUUUGGUGGUUAGAACAAGCACAAGGAAGAGAAACAAGGCCUUCAAGGGUAUGUUCUUGGAAGUAGAAGCAUCACCGCCACCACUGUCGUCUGCAGAUUCUGAAGAUGAAAGUGAUUAUGAUCCCUCCAAAUCCUCAAGAAGAAUCACGCACAAGCCUGCUAGAAACCUUGAAGUCAUGAGUAAACAAAAGUCAAAAAUGAAUCAGAAUCAAGCAAAGAAAGGCAAUAAAAAUACAAUCACAUAA